GAUCCUCGGAUGGAUCUUUGAAGAUCUUUCGGCUCGUACUGAACGGUUUUCUUGGAUCCUUGCCAUAAUCUCCACAAGUGGACCAUGAACAACAAUAACAACAAUAUUAAUAAUAAUAACCAAGAAGCAAUGGAUAAGAUGUCUGAUGAAGCUACGGCAACUGUCAGCAGCAGUGGUCUGAAUCCGUAUACAGACCCAUCGGUAGCUUCUGUCUUGCAGUGCGUGACUGCUGAAUCCAACGCGUUUGCUCCUUACGACGAUAAAAUCCAUUUGUACCAUUUUGCCACGUCGCUGUGCAGUCAAGUGACUCGCCUAGUGCUGGAAGAAAAGCAACUGCCAUAUGAGUCUCAUCAUGUCACCAUUGUGGCGGGUGUCCAUGAACAGUACGAGCCGGACUAUGUGCGCUUGAAUCGACGCUGUGUCGUACCCACCUUGGUCACUCCCACGGGCAAGGUGACAACCGAUACUACCAAUAUCAUGUUUUAUCUGGAAUCAAAAGAAUUUACCUCAUCAUCAGUGGGUAUUAAAAAUAGCACCAGUAGUGAUAUGCAUAAUAGCAUCCAUCUGAUGCCACCUACAAGCAAUCCAAAAGAACAAGCUCUGGUGAAACAAUUUGUGGCCUUGGGAGAUGGGGUAGCCUGUGAAGUCUUGACAUUUGGAACCAUCCCUGGAGCUCCUCCACUUCCCUCUCCUUACCGACAUUUGGUCAAGGGCACUCAUGAACAAGCCGCCAAGGAAUUACGACAACUUAUUGACGUCCACAAAGACGAUAAUUACCUAAGAGAUUCCUAUCAGGGCAAGCUGGAUUUGAUUUUGAUCAAUCAGGACAUGAUGGAGCAACCACUCAAACUGAAGGCAGUCAUGGAUGCUACUCAUGCUGCCAUGGAACAACUGAAUCAACAACUUGUCAACGGGCCCUUUUCUACUACACCCAAUAAUCAAGGAUGGCUGUGCAGUGACCACCAGUACACCUUGGCGGAUUGUCAAUGGGCCGUCGUCCUCUACAGAUUCAAGUUUCGGAAUAUCGCCGACCUCUUUUAUGCCAGCCAAUAUCCCGCCAUUGUGGCGUACACCGAACGGUUAUGGGCUCGUCCGGCAUUUCAAAAAGCGGUCGUGAAAUGGGAACAGAAACAUGUCGUGGUACCCUACUUGAUACGUUCCAAGCUACGAAAAAGAUUCCAACAACACAACAACAACAACAACAAGAGCAGUUUGGUCGUCAUGGCAGCUAGUGCUGUCGUGGUUGUGGCAGCUCUUUGGCAGUUGGGUCGUCAUCGACAGAGUGGACGGUAGACUCGAUUCGAUUCGAUUCGAUUCGUAGAAUUUGACUAAAAUGCCCAACAUCAAAACGACAAUUCGCUUCACAUUCCCCACAAAUCUACCAUCGAUCGAUUGAUCCAUGGAUCGAUCGAUCCACCAACCAACCAAUCAAUCAAUGUGGAUUCGAUUCAUUCAUUCAUUCAUCAUGCACCUCUGUUGAUCGUGCAGUGCGCUUGAUUCGAUUGGAUUCGAUUCGAUUCGAUUCCACUAAAAAAUAUAAAGUGCAUGAGUCUUCUCCUCCUACUACCGGUAUCCAUAGGCAACUGGGGACCACCUGCGGCAUAGGCAAAAUAUGUGGACGCUCCUACUCCGGUAGUACUGGUACUGUGAUUGUUUGACGAGUGAGUAGACCGUCACAUGGUACCUCGAGAGGAUGAGCUCAACCUUUUCAAUGAGGAGCUUGCUACACGGAUAUGGGAAAAUCGUCGUCUCGCAGUCCGGAUUGUCACGCCACCUUGCAUUUACGGGAGCCUGAAAGCAACCGGAUUACUGUGAUUGACGAGUGAGCAUACCAUCACGGUACCUCGAGAGGAUGGGCUCGACCUUUUUCGUCAUCAUCAUCACCAUCACCACCAUCGCUAGCAUGACUCCAGGACGUGACAUUGCCGUUGUGGCUGUACCGGCACUAGCUAGCUAGCAAUCGAGGAAGGCGUACUGAAUGAGGGGCUGUUCAGCAUUCUUCUUGCUAGACAAACACCUUGUAAGGAGUUGGCAUUCUUUGCUCGUUCUCUUGGGAGGUUCACGUCGCCAGGCAUGCAAGAGCCUUUCAAAAAGACCUCUUUAUGUAGUAUCAUAUCCCGCAUGAAUUUUGGCAGAACUCCAGAAAGUAUUAUAUGAUCCAUUCGGUCCGAUCCCAAAAUUAUAUGUUUUUUUGUAAUUGCAUUGUUGUCAUCGUCGUCAGC